AUGGCAGGGUCCAUGACCUGGGACUGUUCUGGGUUGUCACAGCAACAGGCAGCACCGUGUCAAUGCCUCAAUGCUCUAGCCAUCAGCGCCUGGUGCUGGCCCCUGCUUGUGGCUGUGGGCCCAACAGAGGGACUCCAGAGUGUCAACUGGCAGACAGCCUCCAACCGGCAGGCACAUCACACAGACAGGUUCAACAGCCAGGAUCUCAUCGUACGGAGAGGCCAACCCUUCCAUGUGUCAUUGACCUUAUACCGAGGUCUCAGCUCUGGAGGAAGACUGACAUUCACAGCUUCCACAGGGCCUUACCCCUCAGAGUCGGCCAAGACAAAGGCUGUGUUUCCACUCUCCAAUGGGACAAGCAGCAGCGACUGGGGUGCACAACUUGUGUCCAACAGGGACAAUGUUCUGAACAUCUCCAUCCUUAGUCCUGCAAAUGCGCCCAUUGGAAGGUACACGCUAGACAUGCAGAUCUCCUCCCAGGGCAGUGAUUCCACGCUGAAAGUUGGGACAUUCAUACUGCUCUUUAACCCCUGGUUGCAAGCUGAUGGUGUCUUUAUGAGUAACCAUGCUGAGAGAGAGGAAUAUGUUCAGGAAGAUGCUGGCAUCAUCUUUGUGGGAAGCACAAAUCGAAUUGGCAUGAUUGGCUGGAACUAUGGACAGUUUGAAGAAGGCAUUCUGAACAUUUGCCUGUCAGUCCUGGAUAACAGUCUGAAUUUUCGCCGUGACCCUGCUACGGAUGUGGCCCGCAGAAACGACCCCAUAUAUAUUGGCCGGGUGCUGAGUGCAAUGGUCAAUAGCAAUGAUGACAAUGGCGUGCUUGCUGGGAACUGGAGUGGUAGCUACACUGGUGGCCGGGACCCUAGGAACUGGAAUGGCAGCGUGGAGAUCCUCAAGGAGUGGCAAAGAUCUGGCUUCAGGCCUGUCCGAUACGGCCAGUGCUGGGUCUUUGCUGGAACCCUCAACACAGUGUUGCGAUGUUUGGGAAUUCCCUCCCGAGUGAUCACCAACUUCAACUCAGCUCAUGACACAGACCGAAACCUCAGCGUGGAUGUCUACUACGACCCCUUGGGACGGCCCAUAGACAAAGGCAGUGAUAGUGUGUGGAAUUUCCACGUCUGGAAUGAAGCCUGGUUUGUGCGGCCUGACCUGGGCCCUUCGUACAAUGGAUGGCAGGUUCUGGACGCCACCCCUCAGGAGAGAAGCCAAGGGGUGUUCCAGUGCGGCCCUGCUUCAGUGAUCGCUAUCCGAGAGGGUAACGUGGACUGGGACUUCGACAUGCCCUUCAUCUUUGCGGAGGUCAAUGCUGACCGCAUCACAUGGAUCUACGAGUCAAAUGGUGCCUUGAAGAAGAAUUCCUCAGACACUCACAGCGUUGGCAAAUACAUCAGUACCAAGGCGGUGGGCAGCAACUCUCGCAUGGAUGUCACCGAAAAGUACAAGUAUCCAGAAGGUUCCAGCCAGGAAAGACAAGUAUUUGAAAAGGCUUUGGGGAAGCUUAAACCCAGAGCAUCAUUUAGCGCAACAUCUGCAAGCAGACUGGCAAGAGAGGAACGGGAGCCUAGCAUAUCUGGGAGGUUCAAGAUCACUGGUGUACUGGAAGUGGGCAAAGAAGUCAACCUGAUCCUAAUGCUCAAAAACCUAACAAGUGAUACCAAGACAGUGACGGUGAAUAUGACAGCCUGGACCAUCGUCUAUAACGGCACACUUGUACACGAGGUGUGGAAGGACUCUGUCACUAAAUCCCUGAAUCCCGAAGAAGAAAUAGAGCACCCUGUAAAGAUCACAUAUGCUCAAUACGAGAAGUACCUGAAGGCGGACAACAUGAUCCGGACCACAGCCGUGUGCCAGGUCACCGACGAGCCUGAGGUGGUGGUGGAGAGGGAUGUCAUCCUGGACAACCCCACCCUGACCCUCGAGGUGCUGGACGAGGCCCGGGUGCAAAAGCCCGUGAACGUGCAGAUGCUCUUUUCCAACCCACUGGAUGAGCCGGUGAAGGACUGCGUGCUGAUGGUGGAGGGCAGCGGCCUGCUCCUGGGCAGCCUCAAGAUUGACGUGCCAGCCCUGCGCCCUAAAGAGCGGUCCCGUGUGCGUUUUGAGAUCCUGCCCACCCGGAGUGGCACCAAACAGCUGCUUGCCAACUUCUCCUGCAACAAGUUCCCCGCGAUCAAGGCCAUGCUGUCUGUUGAUGUGGCUGAGUGA